AACGUCGUGAUAGUUCACUACCUGGUCGCAUGUUCAGGUAAUUCAUAUUUCGAAUUUCUGGAUUAAAAUUGUAAUUGUAAAGAAACUAUUCGAGUCGCUAUUUUCAGAUUUAUUAUUAUUUUCAACGGACAUUCAAAAUGAAAUCAAUCACGUUUGCGGCGGUAUUCAGUUCUGUCUUAGUAUUUGUGCUUGGUCAGCUAGAUUCAGAACUGGAAGAAAUCCAUAAAAAAGUACUAAAGAGUGAAGAAGAAGCCGCCAAAUAUUGUAAUGAACUUAUUCCGGUUUCUGAAGAUACACGUGUAAAAUUGGAAAGAGAAGUCAUUAGAGGAGAAUCGGUCCCAAAGGAUUUCCAUACAUCAGAGUGGUGUAAUCUGAACUGUAACCUGGAAAAACUUAAAUUCUUCGAAGCUGAUGGUUCAAUGCAUCUUCGCGAGAUCUACGAAAGCUUGCUUAGAAAGAUGCCUGAAUUUCAUCAAAACCGCUACAAACUUUUAAUUCAUUUAUUUCAAACUUACCGAGCAACCAAAGGUAUGGUUGAUGAAUGUGAGAGGGCAUAUGUAGCAUAUUAUCGAUUCGCUGAAGCAAUUAUGAUAGCAACUGUAGUUGCUGAUAUGAAUGAAAAUCAGGAUAUCAAAGACGUGAUCGUGGAAAAAUUGUUGACUGGCGAUGAUUUUCCGAAAGAAUUAGAGGUAUCCGCAGAAAAAGCCUUCAAAAAUACUGAAUUUUUCUUCGAGCUUAAUGUCUUGGAUACCAUCGGUACCUCCGGAGCUAGAGUUGAAUUGUAGAACAUGAAAUAAGUAUGUGAUGUAAAAUGAAAUAAGUACAAAACCUAUACAGAAUAUGUAAAAUACAUAUUGGUACCUGGGACCUCGUUCUUUCUCGAGUUUUUUUCCACUUUUGAUCAAUGAUACUGAUUUAUUAUUUAUUAAUGAAUUAGAUUUACCUACUCAUAAUCAUUUGAAUAUU